AUGAUGAACAACAGCGGCUACGCCGACCCCGCCGGCCUGGGCCUCGGCCUCGGCCUGGCCGACGAGGCGGACGACAUGCCGUCCACGGAGAAGGACCUGGCCGAGGACGCGCCGUGGAAGAAGAUCCAGCAGAACACCUUCACGCGCUGGUGCAACGAGCACCUCAAGUGCGUGGGCAAGCGCCUCACCGACCUGCAGCGCGACCUGAGCGACGGGCUGCGCCUCAUCGCCCUGCUCGAGGUGCUCAGCCAGAAGCGCAUGUACCGCAAGUUCCACCCGCGCCCCAACUUUCGCCAGAUGAAGCUGGAGAACGUGUCGGUGGCCCUCGAGUUCCUCGAGCGCGAGCACAUCAAGCUCGUGUCCAUCGACAGCAAAGCCAUCGUAGAUGGGAACCUGAAGCUGAUCCUGGGCCUGAUCUGGACGCUGAUCCUGCACUAUUCCAUCUCCAUGCCCAUGUGGGAAGAUGAGGAUGACGAGGAUGCCCGCAAACAGACACCCAAGCAGCGUUUGCUGGGCUGGAUCCAGAACAAGGUGCCCCAGUUGCCCAUAACCAACUUCAACCGUGACUGGCAGGAUGGCAAAGCUCUGGGCGCCCUAGUGGACAACUGUGCCCCAGGCCUAUGCCCUGACUGGGCAGCCUGGGAUCCCAACCAGCCUGUCCAGAAUGCCCGAGAAGCCAUGCAGCAGGCUGACGACUGGCUCGGUGUGCCCCAGGUGAUUGCACCCGAGGAGAUCGUGGACCCCAACGUGGAUGAGCACUCGGUCAUGACCUACCUGUCCCAGUUCCCCAAGGCCAAGCUCAAACCUGGUGCCCCAGUUCGUGGCAAGCAGCUGAACCCCAAGAAAGCCUUUGCCUUUGGGCCUGGGAUCGAGCCACAGGGGAAUACGGUGCUGCAACCAGCUCACUUCACCGUGCAGACAGCUGACGCCGGCCUAGGCGAGGUCCUGGUCUACAUUGAGGACCCUGAGGGCCACACCGAGGAGGCCCAGGUGGUCCCUAACAAUGACAAGGACCGCACCUAUGCUGUAUCCUACGUGCCCAAGGUGGCCGGCCUGCACAAGGUCACUGUGCUGUUUGCUGGCCAGAACAUCGAGCACAGCCCCUUUGAGGUAAAUGUGGGCAUGGCCCUGGGGGAUGCCAACAAGGUGUCUGCCCGUGGUCCCGGUCUGGACCCAGUGGGCAAUGUGGCCAACAAGCCCACCUACUUUGACAUCUACACUGCGGGAGCCGGCACUGGAGAUGUGGCCGUGGUGAUCGUGGACCCCCAGGGCCACCAGGACACUGUGGAGGUAGCUCUGGAGGACAAGGGCGACAGUACCUUCCGCUGCACCUACAGGCCCGUGAUGGAGGGGCCGCACACAGUGCACGUGGCCUUUGCUGGGGCGCCCAUCACCCGCAGUCCUUUUCCUGUCCAUGUGGCAGAAGCCUGUAACCCCAAUGCCUGUCGGGCCUCUGGGCGGGGCCUGCAACCCAAGGGUGUGCGUGUGAAGGAGGCUGCAGACUUCAAGGUGUUCACCAAGGGCGCUGGCAGUGGGGAUCUCAAAGUCAUGGUGAAGGGGCCAAAGGGCACUGAGGAGCCAGUGAAGGUGCGGGACGUGGGGGACGGAGUGUUUGAGUGUGAGUACUGCCCUGUGGUGCCUGGCAAGUACGUGGUGACCAUUACAUGGGGCGGCUACGCCAUCCCUCGCAGCCCCUUCGAGGUCCAAGUGAGCCCGGAAGCCGGCGAGCAGAAAGUGAGGGCCUGGGGCCCUGGUUUAGAAACCGGCCAGGUGGGCAAGUCAGCCGACUUUGUGGUAGAAGCAGUUGGCACAGAAGUGGGGACUCUGGGCUUCUCUAUCGAGGGGCCCUCCCAGGCCAAAAUUGAGUGUGAUGACAAAGGGGAUGGCUCCUGUGAUGUGCGUUACUGGCCCACCGAGCCUGGGGAGUAUGCGGUACAUGUCAUUUGUGAUGAUGAAGAUAUCCGGGACUCCCCGUUCAUCGCCCACAUCCACCCCGCCCCACCCGACUGCUUCCCUGACAAGGUGAAGGCCUUUGGGCCUGGCCUGGAGCCCACAGGCUGCAUCGUGGAUAGGCCCGCAGAGUUCACCAUCGACGCCCGUGCAGCUGGCAAGGGAGACCUGAAGCUCUAUGCCCAGGAUGCCGAUGGCUGCCCCAUCGAUAUCAAGGUCAUCCCCAAUGGUGAUGGCACCUUCCGCUGCUCCUAUGUGCCCACCAAGCCCAUCAAACACACCAUCAUCAUCUCCUGGGGAGGUGUCAACGUGCCCAAGAGCCCCUUCCGGGUGAAUGUGGGUGAAGGCAGCCACCCAGAGCGAGUGAAGGUCUAUGGCCCUGGCGUGGAGAAGACAGGGCUCAAGGCCCAAGAGCCCACCUACUUCACCGUGGACUGCAGUGAGGCCGGGCAAGGUGACGUGAGUAUUGGCAUCAAGUGUGCCCCAGGCGUGGUGGGACCUGCAGAGGCUGACAUCGACUUUGACAUCAUUAAGAAUGACAAUGAUACCUUCACGGUCAAGUACACACCACCAGGGGCCGGCCACUACACCAUCAUGGUCUUAUUUGCCAACCAGGAGAUUCCUGCUAGCCCCUUCCACAUCAAGGUGGACCCAUCACAUGACGCCACCAAGGUUAAGGCAGAGGGUCCUGGACUCAACCGUACAGGUGUGGAGGUGGGGAAGCCCACCCACUUCACCGUGCUGACCAAGGGGGCAGGCAAGGCCAAACUGGAUGUGCAGUUUGCGGGUGCUGCCAAGGGCGAGGUUGUGCGGGACUUUGAGAUCAUUGACAACCACGACUACUCCUACACAGUCAAGUACACACCGGUGCAGCAGGGCAACAUGGCUGUCACUGUGAGCUACGGUGGGGACCCCAUCCCCAAGAGCCCCUUUGUGGUGAAUGUGGCCCCUCCACUGGACCUCAGUAAAGUUAAAGUUCAAGGCCUCAACAGCAAAGUGGCUGUGGGGCAGGAACAGGCAUUUUCCGUGGACACUCGUGGGGCUGGCGGGCAAGGCCAGCUGGAUGUGCGGAUGACCUCACCCUCCCGACGGCCCAUCCCCUGCAAGGUCGAGCCUGGGAGUGGGGCAGAGGCACAGGCCGUGCGAUACAUGCCCCCUGAGGAGGGACCCUACAAGGUGGAUGUCACCUAUGAUGGCCACCCAGUGCCCGGAAGUCCCUUCACUGUGGAGGGAGUCUUGCCUCCUGACCCCUCCAAGGUCUGUGCAUAUGGCCCUGGCUUGCAGGGUGGGCUGGUCGGCACACCUGCGCCCUUCUCUAUAGAUACUAAGGGGGCUGGCACCGGCGGCCUGGGACUGACCGUGGAGGGUCCCUGCGAGGCCAAGAUUGAGUGCCAGGACAACGGAGAUGGCUCCUGUGCAGUUAGCUACCUGCCCACAGAGCCCGGCGAGUACACCAUCAACAUCCUGUUUGCCGAGGCUCACAUCCCCGGAUCUCCCUUCAAAGCCACCAUCCAGCCUGUGUUUGAUCCCAGCAAGGUGCGGGCCAGUGGGCCAGGCCUGGAGCGCGGCAAGGCCGGCGAGGCAGCCACCUUCACCGUGGAUUGCUCGGAGGCGGGGGAGGCUGAGCUAACCAUCGAGAUCCUGUCAGACGCAGGGGUCAAGGCCGAGGUAUUGAUCCAGAACAAUGCGGACGGCACCUACCACAUCACCUACAUCCCUGCUUUCCCCGGCACCUACACCAUUACCAUCAAAUAUGGCGGCCACCCCGUGCCCAAGUUCCCCACCCGCGUCCAUGUGCAGCCCUCAGUUGACACCAGCGGGGUCAAGGUCUCUGGCCCUGGUGUGGAACCUCAUGGCGUCCUGCGGGAGGUGACCACCGAGUUCACUGUAGAUGCGAGGUCCCUCACGACUACAGGAGGUGGCCAUGUGACAGCACGUGUGCUCAACCCCUCGGGUGCCAAAACAGACACCUAUGUGACAGACCUUGGGGAUGGCACCUACCGUGUGCAGUACACUGCCUAUGAGGAAGGCAUGCAUUUGGUGGAGGUCCUGUAUGACGAGGUCGCUGUGCCUAAGAGCCCCUUCCGAGUGGGUGUGACCGAGGGCUGUGACCCCACCCGCGUCCGGGCCUUUGGACCGGGCCUGGAGGGAGGCUUGGUGAAUAAGGCCAACCGAUUCACUGUGGAGACCAGGGGAGCUGGCACCGGGGGCCUUGGCCUGGCCAUUGAGGGCCCAUCAGAGGCGAAGAUGUCCUGUAAGGACAACAAGGAUGGCAGCUGUGCCGUGGAGUACGUCCCCUUCACUGCAGGGGACUAUGAUGUCAACAUCACCUUUGGCGGCCGGCCCAUUCCAGGGAGCCCUUUCCGGGUGCCAGUGAAGGACGUGGUGGACCCAGGCAAGGUCAAGUGCUCAGGACCAGGACUGGGUGCUGGCGUCAGAGCCCGGGUGCCCCAGACUUUCACAGUGGACUGCAGCCAGGCUGGCCGGGCACCCCUGCAGGUGGCCGUGCUGGGCCCCACAGGUGUGGCUGAGCCCGUGGAAGUGCGUGACAAUGGGGAUGGCACCCACACUGUCCAUUACACCCCAGCCACUGAUGGGCCCUACACGGUCGCUGUCAAGUAUGCUGACCACGAGGUGCCACGCAGCCCCUUCAAGAUCAAGGUGCUCCCAGCCCAUGAUGCCAGCAAGGUGCGGGCCAGCGGACCUGGCCUCAAUGCGUCAGGAAUCCCUGCCAGCCUGCCUGUGGAGUUUACUAUUGAUGCCCGGGAUGCCGGCGAGGGCCUGCUCACUGUUCAGAUCCUGGACCCUGAGGGGAAACCCAAAAAGGCCAAUAUCCGAGACAACGGGGAUGGCACCUACACAGUCUCAUAUGUACCAGAUAUGAGCGGCCGCUACACCAUCACCAUCAAGUAUGGGGGUGACGAGAUCCCCUAUUCACCCUUCCGCAUCCAUGCCCUGCCCACCGGGGAUGCCAGCAAGUGCCUUGUCACAGUGUCCAUCGGUGGCCAUGGCUUGGGGGCCUGCCUGGGUCCCCGCAUCCAGAUUGGGGAGGAGACGGUGAUCACAGUGGACGCCAAGGCCGCAGGCAAGGGGAAGGUGACAUGCACAGUGUCCACACCCGAUGGGGCUGAGCUGGAUGUGGACGUGGUAGAGAACCACGAUGGCACCUUCGACAUCUACUACACUGCGCCCGAGCCGGGCAAGUACGUCAUCACCAUCCGCUUUGGAGGGGAGCACAUCCCCAAUACACCUUUCCAUGUGCUGGCUACAGAAGAGCCAGUGGUACCUGUGGAGCCCUUGGAAUCCAUGCUGAGACCCUUCAACCUGGUCAUUCCCUUCACCAUGCAGAAAGGAGAGCUCACUGGGGAGGUGCGAAUGCCAUCUGGGAAGACCGCGAGGCCCAACAUCACCGACAACAAGGAUGGCACCAUCACAGUGCGCUACGCACCCACUGAGAAGGGCCUGCACCAGAUGGGGAUCAAAUACGACGGCAACCACAUUCCCGGAAGUCCCCUACAGUUCUAUGUAGACGCCAUCAACAGCCGUCAUGUCAGUGCCUAUGGGCCAGGUCUGAGCCAUGGCAUGGUCAACAAACCGGCUACCUUCACUAUUGUCACCAAGGAUGCUGGGGAAGGAGGUUUGUCCCUGGCUGUGGAAGGCCCAUCCAAGGCAGAGAUCACAUGUAAGGACAACAAGGAUGGAACAUGCACCGUGUCCUACCUGCCUACAGCGCCUGGAGAUUAUAGCAUCAUUGUGCGUUUUGAUGACAAGCACAUUCCAGGCAGCCCCUUCACGGCCAAGAUCACUGGUGAUGACUCCAUGCGGACAUCCCAGCUAAAUGUGGGCACUUCCACGGAUGUGUCACUGAAGAUCACAGAGAGUGACCUGAGCCAGCUUACCGCCAGCAUCCGUGCUCCGUCAGGCAUUGAGGAGCCGUGUCUGCUGAAGCGUCUGCCCAACCGGCACAUUGGGAUUUCCUUUACCCCCAAAGAGGUGGGGGAGCACGUGGUGAGCGUGCGCAAGAGUGGCAAACAUGUCACCAACAGCCCCUUCAAGAUCCUGGUGGGGCCAUCAGAGAUUGGCGACGCCAGCAAGGUGCGGGUGUGGGGCAAAGGACUGUCAGAGGGCCACACCUUCCAGGUGGCAGAGUUCAUCGUGGACACUCGGAAUGCAGGUUACGGUGGCCUGGGACUGAGCAUCGAAGGCCCCAGCAAGGUGGAUAUUAACUGCGAGGACAUGGAGGACGGGACAUGCAAGGUCACCUAUUGCCCCACUGAGCCCGGCACCUACAUCAUCAAUAUCAAGUUUGCCGACAAGCAUGUGCCUGGCAGCCCAUUCACGGUGAAGGUCACUGGGGAGGGCCGCAUGAAGGAGAGCAUCACUCGGCGUAGACAGGCGCCUUCCAUCGCCACCAUUGGCAGCACCUGUGACCUCAACCUCAAGAUUCCAGGAAACUGGUUCCAGAUGGUGUCUGCCCAGGAGCGCCUGACUCGUACCUUCACCCGCAGCAGCCACACCUACACCCGAACUGAGCGGACUGAGAUCAGCAAGACCAGGGGUGGGGAGACCAAGCGGGAGGUGCGAGUGGAGGAGUCCACCCAGGUGGGCGGGGACCCCUUCCCUGCUGUCUUCGGGGACUUCCUGGGCCGUGAACGUCUAGGCUCCUUUGGCAGCAUCAGCCGGCAGCAGGAAGGUGAGGCCAGCUCUCAGGACAUGACUGCCCAGGUGACCAGCCCCUCGGGCAAGACGGAAGCUGCAGAGAUCGUGGAGGGGGAGGACAGUGCAUACAGUGUGCGCUUCGUGCCCCAAGAGAUGGGACCCCACACAGUCACGGUCAAGUACCGUGGACAGCACGUGCCCGGCAGCCCCUUCCAGUUCACAGUGGGACCGUUGGGUGAAGGUGGAGCCCACAAGGUGCGGGCCGGAGGCACCGGGCUGGAGCGAGGCGUGGCUGGCGUGCCAGCUGAGUUCAGCAUCUGGACCAGAGAGGCUGGUGCUGGGGGGCUCUCCAUUGCUGUGGAGGGGCCCAGCAAGGCAGAGAUCGCCUUUGAGGACCGCAAGGAUGGUUCCUGUGGGGUCUCCUAUGUGGUCCAGGAGCCAGGUGACUAUGAGGUCUCCAUCAAGUUCAACGAUGAGCACAUCCCAGACAGUCCCUUUGUGGUGCCUGUGGCCUCCCUCUCAGAUGACGCACGCCGCCUCACUGUCACAAGCCUGCAGGAGACGGGGCUCAGGGUGAACCAGCCCGCGUCAUUUGCUGUGCAGCUGAAUGGUGCACGUGGGGUGAUCGAUGCCAGGGUACACACACCAUCAGGGGCAGUGGAGGAGUGCUCCAUCUCGGAACUGGACAGCGACAAGCACACCAUUCGCUUCAUCCCCCAUGAGAAUGGCGUCCACUCCAUUGAUGUCAAGUUCAAUGGUGCUCACAUCCCAGGAAGUCCCUUCAAGAUCCGCGUUGGGGAACAGAGCCAGGCUGGUGACCCAGGCUUGGUGUCAGCCUAUGGUCCUGGACUAGAGGGAGGCACAACUGGUGUGUCCUCAGAAUUUAUUGUCAACACGCUGAAUGCAGGCUCCGGUGCCUUAGCAGUCACCAUUGAUGGUCCCUCCAAGGUGCAGCUAGACUGUCGGGAGUGUCCUGAGGGCCAUGUGGUCACUUAUACUCCCAUGGCCCCUGGUAACUACCUCAUUGCCAUCAAGUAUGGUGGCCCCCAGCACAUCGUGGGCAGCCCCUUCAAAGCCAAAGUCACAGGUCCCCGGCUGUCAGGAGGUCAUAGCCUUCAUGAAACAUCCACGGUUCUGGUGGAAACAGUGACCAAGUCAUCCUCAAGCCGGGGCUCCAGUUACAGCUCCAUCCCCAAGUUCUCCUCAGAUGCCAGCAAAGUGGUGACCCGGGGGCCUGGCCUAUCCCAGGCCUUUGUGGGCCAGAAGAACUCCUUUACUGUGGACUGCAGCAAAGCAGGAACCAACAUGAUGAUGGUGGGUGUGCAUGGGCCCAAGACACCCUGCGAAGAGGUGUAUGUGAAGCACAUGGGAAACCGGGUCUACAAUGUAACCUACACUGUCAAGGAGAAAGGGGACUACAUCCUCAUUGUCAAGUGGGGUGACGAGAGUGUCCCUGGAAGUCCCUUCAAAGUCAACGUACCCUGAAUCCCACAAGUGCCUCCCCCAGCCUCAUUCCCACCUCUGGUCACACCGACACACACCGACACACACACACACACCGACACACACACACACACACACCGACACACACACACACACACACACAUACAUACACACAUGCACUCAUGCACACAAAUGCAUAGAUCCAGACCCCUGAAGCCUGCUAUGGGAUAUGACAAGCAGCACAGUCUCCUCACCCUGGGGACUGGAGGGCUGUGUCUGUCCCACGGUAGUGUCCUUCCCCUCAAAUGUGACAUAAAGGCCAACAGAGGUGUUGGGCCUCCCCACUCUGGGUUUUUAGGUGGGGUGAAGGCCCAUCGGGGGAGCAUAUGGCUGGAGGUGUCUGUGUGUGUGUGGAUACCCCCAGCUGCACCGCUGACCAGGCCUCCCUGCUGUAGAGGACCGUGUCCGGCCCCUCUGAUGGCUGCGAGGACUGAAGCAGCUCAGCUGGCCGAGAAAUCAGAGCCGGCAACAGCGGCAGCUGCAGCCCAGGUCCUGGCCCAUGGGAUCCGCCCAGCCAGGCUAUUGAGGACUGAUUAUUCUUUAUUAUUAUUUUUUUAAUGGUUGCACAGCUCUGCCCCAUCAGGGGGCCUUUUUUUUACACACUGCGAGGCCCAGCUUUUUAGGGGGGCCUUUUGCACAUGUCAUGCGGUUUCCCUGGAAACUGCUUGGAUGGAAAACUCAAAAUAAAGUGCGACCUGUCGCA